GCCACCGUCGCACGUCUGAAGGAAUUUUCGUAGCGCCUGGUGAGUUCCCACCCGAGGAAAGUGUGUGUGCUCCGAUCCAAACCAAUUCGAACCGAAAAAAUAGCGCUUCAAUCAGUGUCUGGGCACUGAGAAGCGGUGCUGAAGUUGAAAUAUGAAAGAAAUCCCUGGAUCUUGGUGUAUCUCCAAAGGAUUUGAGUGAAAGUGCCUUGGAAUCUAUAAAUACUCCAGGGUAUACGCAGCACGCCGACCACUGCGCAUGCCACAAAGCCCGGACUCCCGAGCUCGCACCCCCGCCAAUCGAGGCCAGCAGAAAAGCUGAGGGAGGAAAAAGGUAGGAGGGACAGCAGGGGACACCUGCAGCAACACCUGCCCAGCCAGGAGCCCACUUAGAAGGCAGGGAUCUCAAGGAACAAGGAGCUAAACGGCCCGAGUAGCCAGGUACUUUAAGGAGCCCCAAGCAACCAUAGGAAAUUUGGAGCUUUCUAUCAAGGGAACCUAAGCAAGGAAACGUACAAACCCGAUGAACUCAAGUAAUUCAGAAAUUAUUCAUUGAACCUAAGAAACAUAAGGUAUAAUAGUGCUUAAACACAAAGAAUUACACUAAUCAGUGACUUCAAGGCACUGAAGAAGACAAAGGAACCUGAAGAAUUCACGGUACUUAACCAAUCCAAGGGAAUCAAGAAAACCAAGUUAUUUAAAUUAUGAAAGAGGUAAAUCACAGAUAAAACUCAAGGAAACUAAGAAACAAAAGGUACCAAAGUAUUUCGAACCCAAAGAACCUGCUCUACCCAAUAAAUUAAGGAAAUCUAAGAAGACAACCAACCGGAAUCUGAAGAAUUCGCGCGCUGUUAUAAGGUAAUCAAAGAUAAGCAUCGCAAGGAAAAGAAGGGUCUUAAAAGACCUUAGGAACCCCAGAAACUCGUGGGUCCCCAGGAACCCAUAGUUAAGCCAGAUCCCUUCGCACACAGCUCCCAAGAAUGGCGGCCGUGGUUCAUGGCUGCAGCAGUCCGCGGCAGCGUUCCUGCAACGGCAGCAGUUCUCCCGGAGGGCACCAUGGCUCCACCGGCUCCUCCGCCUACCCCACGAUGCCCAAGUACUCGAGGACCGUCAGUCAGCAGCUGUACGCCACAACUCAGCAAUUCUUCGCCGGCCAAGGAGGAAUGCAGGAUGCGGGCUACGGCUACGGGAUGUCAUCCUCCGGCCAGAGACCGCUAUCCGCCUCCGCUCUGCCGGAAACGGCGGCGGCCAGUCGCAACUAUUGGGGUCACCACAACGCCUUCUAUCACACGGGCGGCAGGCAUUACAGCAAGCGGAAGUCCGCGGUGGAGCUGCUGGCGGAGUCCAAGCCAUUCUACAUCAAAUCCGAUGCGGUUUUCGAGCGACUGCAGCAGGCGAGCUACCGCAACGGCGGGGGCAACAACGGAGCCAGCGGGAAGCGGGGGCGCAGGCCGGAGGAGGCGUCGGCCCAUGGGUAUCACCAUGAGCUGGAGGACAGGCGGUACAUGAGCCUGAAUCUCAGUCGGCAGCAGCAGGUGCAACAGCAGGUGCAGCAGCAACAACAGCAGCAGCAGCAGCAGCAACAGCAGUACCUGCACAACCACCACCCCCACCCACACCAGCACCACCCGCAAUCCCGUCACGCCCAAGGCCAAGGUCAAGGUCGAGCCGGAGGAGGGGGAGGCGGCGGAGCAGCCGUGAACAACAACCUCCUGCAGCACAAGCUGCGCAUGCUGCUGGGAUCGGAGACCGGAAAGGAGCGAAACGGAGGCGGAGGAGGCGGCACCUUGAGGCGCCACGAGAUGCACGACGGCAGCGCGGAGCUUCUGCCCACGGACUACGGCGAGGAUGAGCUGGGCGGGCAGGCGGGCGCCCUCAGGAUCCCCCCUCCCCUCUACAUGCCCGCCCAUGGUUUCGGGCGGGACGGAGAGGAGCCCCUCGUGCUCACCGAGAACUAUCGACCCAUCAGCCCGCCCGCCGAGUACGCGGCCAAGUCGGGACAGGCCCACAACGAUCGCUACAGAUACAACUACCAGCGAUCGUACUCGCACUCGCACGAGGUUCCCAACACGGGGGAGGACCGCAGUGCCCCCUAUCCCUCCGGCGACUUCAACAUCAACAGCCACAAGUCGCUGCCGGAUCUGCACACCCAGAUCAGUCGUCACUCGCCGCACAGCGAGAUCCUGAGCUGCUGCAGCCGGGGCAAUCGGUCAAUCAAGUCCGCCGGCGAGUCCUCGAUAAACCGCGAUUCCGGCGGCAGUUCCGGCCACUACACCCAUCGCAGCGAGCCCUGCUACAAAAGGGAGCGCCAACGGGAGGUGGCCGGAAGUGGGGCUCCGGCGAGCGGAACAAUCAAAAACUGCUGCACCCUGGUGGCGGCCACGCGGAGGGACAGUGGCUCCUCCACCCAGCACAGUGCCAAUUCCUACUGUGGCUACGUCACUCCAGCUGGGGAUUACUCCGGCAUGAGUGGCGGUCGCAACACGGAGUGCUUGGACUGCCGUUGCAAACAGGACACCGCCAUGGGUUCCGAUUAUCUGCUCAACUUUACUCCGACUCCGGAGGUGCCGGAGGCCUUCCAGGACGACUACACCCCUACUCCGCCAUCGCCCAGGCUCAAGACCCAGACGCCCCGGUACUCGAGCUCCUCCAGCCAGCAGCUGCACACCAGUUCGCAGGGCUACACGAGCAUCAAUCACUCGCAGAGCUCCCUGGUCCAGAGCCCCGGAUCGGCGCCCUCCGUGGACGACAUCAGUCCGCCGCCCAUCCAGUUCAAGAGGCAGCGGUGCAUCCGCUUCAAGAACAGGAACCGACUGCCAGUUCAAGGAGAAAUGGGAGGUCCACCGGGAUCAGGAGGAAGCCUGGUGCCCCCAGGAUCUGGAGGAAUGGGCCCGGCCAGCGGUGUCCUGGCUGCGUACAAACAGCAUCGAGGCAGUGUGGACCACGAGAACGUCUUCUUCCCCAAAGGUUUCUCCUCGGAGGUCUACCACAGCAGCCUGGACAUGGAGCGGGAGGCCCUGAAUGCCAGCAUUUCGGAGCUGGAGAAGUUCUUCGAUCGCCUGGGCCUGAACGACGAGGCCUUCCACGAGAUCUACAGUCAGCCGAGGAGACACCACUCGGAGACGGACGACGCCUCGGAUGAUUCCAGCACUGUUUUCUUCUCGGAUGUCAGCACAGUGGACUCGAUGAGAUUGCCGGACAGUACGGAAACCCAGCCGCAGGCCACCCAGGCCUAUCGACCCUCGGAGCCGCCAUCGAUUGUGGAGCGGAAUGCCAGGAUCAUCAAGUGGCUGUGCAACUGCAAGAAGAUGCAGUGCACCUGAGGAUCGCCGGUGCAGUGCAGCUGCGGACUCGGUCUUGGAUUCGCACGCUGAGCCACUGAUUUAUUGAUUCUACUCGACCACCCCGAUUAAAAGACGACUGCGGAUUAAUGCAAAAAGAAAAACACUGAUCACAGGUGGGUGGUUGGUCCUUUGGGUUGCAAAAUCGACAUAAGAAGGAAAAGUAAUCUGGGGCUUAACAAGUUAAUCCCUAUAUUUAAUUUAGUUUAGCGAGAUAAGCCACUAACCCAUUGCAUAUCUUAAUCAUGAACUUUUCAUUGAAUAAUUAAAAAUAUAAUUUUAAAGUUUCUGUUUGCCCAAGAUGCGCAAUUUCAAGGUAUAUUUCAAGAAAUAUUUCAAGAAAUAUUUAAAAUAAAAGUAACAAUACAAAUUUAUAACUUUUAAUUUAAAUAUUAAAAGAUUAAAAAUGUCCAUUCAUAACAGGAAAAUAACUUUUUCUAUUGGAUUUUGAAUAGCUUAUAAUGACCCAGAGAAUACUUUUCGUCUUUAUGCUGUUUACUCCAAAAAAUCAACCACCUGUCCAUGGCAAUCCACAAAAACACUGCUCAAAAAGUCAAGUUAAGUCAGUUGAAUGUUUCGAACAUGAUUAGCAUGGUUAGCCUCACCUACCUGUACAAUGGAACUAGGAAUUACGAUUAUGGAUGUGCGUUUCUCCUCUUUUGCUGCGCCCGUUCUCGCGCGGUUCAAUUACACCAUUGAUAUUUGUAUUGCCAACGGUAAUGAUAUUGUCUUACGUAUACUAAUCAACUAGCAGCGAUCGUUCAUAUUACUCUUAUACACAGCGGUAUUAUUAGAUGAAUUAUUGUACAAUUAGUUCUCGUAACUUCUAUAUAUAUAAAUAUUAUACAUAUACGACAAGUUGCCAAAGCCGAAAAGAAAAGAGUACACGAAACCACUAAAAUCACAAAUUGAAAUUGAAAUGAACCUACCUAUUUAUGUAAUUGUACAUGGUUUGCAUGGCGAAUAAAUAAAAUAUUUAUGAUUAUCAAAUUAAUUGAAAUAUAUAUAGAAAAACAAUGGAAAAA